AUGCACACUACACGACACACACACGAGUACACCGCGGGCCGCGCGCGCACGCUGCACGUGCACCCGCGCGACCAGUUCGACAACCCGGCGCCGCUCGCCACGGUCAGUGCACGCUGCACACUACACGACACACACACGACACACACACGAGUACACCGCGGGCCGUGCGCGCACGCUGCACGUGCACCCGCGCGACCAGUUCGACAACCCGGCGCCGCUCGCCACGGUCAGUGCACGCUGCACAUGCACACUACACGACACACACACGAGUACACCGCGGGCCGCGCGCGCACGCUGCACGUGCACCCGCGCGACCAGUUCGACAACCCGGCGCCGCUCGCCACGGUCAGUGCACGCUGCACACUACACGACACACACACGACACACACACGAGUACACCGCGGGCCGCGCGCGCACGCUGCACGUGCACCCGCGCGACCAGUUCGACAACCCGGCGCCGCUCGCCACGGUCAGUGCACGCUGCACACUACACGACACACACACGACACACACACGAGUACACCGCGGGCCGUGCGCGCACGCUGCACGUGCAUCCGCGCGACCAGUUCGACAACCCGGCGCCGCUCGCCACGGUCAGUGCACGCUGCACACUACACGACACACACACGAGUACACCGCGGGCCGCGCGCGCACGCUGCACGUGCACCCGCGCGACCAGUUCGACAACCCGGCGCCGCUCGCCACGGUCAGUGCACGCUGCACACUACACGACACACACACGAGUACACCGCGGGCCGUGCGCGCACGCUGCACGUGCACCCGCGCGACCAGUUCGACAACCCGGCGCCGCUCGCCACGGUCAGUGCACGCUGCACAUGCACACUACACGACACACACACGAGUACACCGCGGGCCGCGCGCGCACGCUGCACGUGCACCCGCGCGACCAGUUCGACAACCCGGCGCCGCUCGCCACGGUCAGUGCACGCUGCACACUACACGACACACACACGACACACACACGAGUACACCGCGGGCCGCGCGCGCACUCUGCACGUGCACCCGCGCGACCAGUUCGACAACCCGGGGCUGCUCGCCACGGGUUUCACCAUUGAGAUCAGGGUGGUUGGAGGCGAAGUAGACGAGAAGUUGUCGUCUGCGGCGACAUUUCAAUACGACUCAGUCAACCAGCGCGUCGCUGUGGAGAUGUGCUUCCCGGAGCCUGGAGUGUACCGUGCCGCAAUCUUCUAUGAUGGAGUGCUGCUGCAUAAUGGAGAGUUUGACUGUAUAGUACUUACUGCGGGCGAGGCGGCGAGCGUGCAGCGCGCGUGCGGGCGGCGCGCGCACGCGGCGUUCGAGGCGCGCCUGCUGGCGCCCGGCCGCCCGCGCCGCCUGCUGCUCGCGCUCAGCGCCAAGCACCUGCUGCUCAAGGACUACGUGCUCAAGUUCAUCCCCAAGCGCAUCACCACCUUCAGACUCUGCCCCUCCACUAAGCUAACUUUAUUACCGCGAAUAGGACCUGGUCCAGGGGGCGAAUUUACAUUGGAUGAUGGUGUCCAGCCAGCAAUGCGACUAUCGUCGCCACAAAGAGAUCUACUUGCUGCUACAUUCACACAAUUGCUUAUAGCAAAUUGUGGUGGAGAGGAUUCGUUUAAGAACAAGCAAGAGUUCUUCUACAGUGAGAUGCGUAAAGCACACGCAAGAUAUCCUCACGAGAAGUUAAGCGUGCGCGUGCUGCGGACCGAACUACUUCGCAGCAGCCUCAAGGCUACACGGCACUUCACUAUUGCCGACUGGUGCAAGAACUUCGACGUUUCCUUCCAGGGCGAGCAGGGCGUGGAUUGGGGUGGCGUACGAAGAGAAUGGUUCUCGCUGGUGUGCGCGCAACUGUUCGAUGCCAAGUUCGGCCUGUUCGUGCCGUUCCGAGACUCACCCACCGCGCUGGUGCACCCCAAUCCGGACCGCCCGCCACAUCUUAAGCUGAAGCACUUCGAGUUUGCGGGCAAGCUGGUGGGCAAGUGCUUAUACGAAUCUGCGCUUGGUGGCUCGUACCGGCAGCUAGUGCGUGCGCGCCUCACGAGAUCUUUCCUCGCGCAGAUAAUUGGCCUGCGAGUACACUAUAAGUAUUUCGAGCAAGAUGAUCCAGAGCUGUACCUGUCCAAGAUCAAGUAUGUGCUGGAUACUGACUUGGACGCUGAGGAUGCUCUCGAGUUGACAUUCUCAGAAGACGUUUAUGAUUCUAGCGGGCACCUGGUCGAGACACAUGACCUUGUGCCUAAUGGUUCGUCGAUAAGGGUGAACAACAGCAAUAAGACGCAGUACCUGGAGGCGCUGGCGCAGUGGCGGCUGGCGGCGCGCGUUCGUCUUGAGUUGGCCGCCUUCCUGCGUGGCCUGCAGCUGCUCGUGCCUCACCACCUGCUCGCAAUCUUCGACGAGAAUGAGCUCGAGCUGCUGGUGUGCGGCACGGGCGAGCUGUGCGCGGCGGACUGGCGCGCGCACGCGCUGGUGGCGGGCGCGGGGCGCGACUGGCAGCGCCGCCUGGCCUGGUUCUGGGCCGCGCUCGCCAGCCUCAGCGGCGAGGAGCGCGCGCGCCUGCUGCAGUUCUGCACCGGCUGCUCGCAGCUGCCGCCCGGCGGCUUCCAGGAGCUAAAUCCACGUUUCCAAAUAACAGCUGCGCCGACUUUUGGUGCGCUGCCCACGGCACACACGUGCUUCAACCAGCUCUGCUUGCCGGACUACGACAGCUACGAGCAAAUGGUGCACGCUCUGCUCUGGGCCAUCAAUGAAGGCGGCGAAGGCUUUGGCAUGAUCUAG